GAACUUUGUGAUACCAUGGUUCUCAUGAACGUAGCUGGAGUGACAACAAUGGUGAGCUUUACUAAGAGAGUUGUCUUGUUUUCUUUGCUUUGUUUUAAUGUGUUUGUGGUGAACGUGGUUGCUAGAGAUGUGGUGAAUGCGGAGAAGAAUGAGGAUGGGAAGUACUUUCUGACUAAGGGAGGUGGGUUUGGCGCUGGAGGUGGGGGUGGUUUUGGUGGAGGUGGAGGUCUUGGAGGUGGUGCUGGUGCAGGAGGUGGUUUUGGAGGAGGUGUUGGUGCUGGUGGAGGGUUUGGAGGUGGCGGCGGAGCUGGUGGUGGGUUUGGUAAGGGUGGAGGCCUUGGUGGGGGAAUAAGAAAAGGUGGCGGAGUUGGUGGUGGCAUUGGAAAGGGAGGAGGCCUUGGAGGUGGUAUAGGAAAAGGUGGUGGACUGGGUGGUGGCAUUGGAAAGGGCGGGGGGGUUGGUGGGGGUAUAGGAAAAGGUGGUGGACUUGGUGGCGGCAUUGGUAAGGGUGGGGGACUAGGUGGUGGAAUUGGCAAGGGUGGAGGCCUUGGUGGUGGACAUGGCGGUGGCAUUGGGAAGGGAGGAGGCCUUGGUGGUGGACAUGGUGGAGGAAUUGGCAAGGGUGGUGGACUUGGUGGAGGAAUUGGCAAGGGUGGUGGCCUUGGUGGUGGACUUGGUGGAGGAAUUGGCAAGGGUGGUGGACAUGGUAGUGGCAUUGGAAAAGGUGGAGGAAUUGGCAAUGGUGGUGGACAUGGCGGUGGCAUCGGUAAGGGUGGAGGCCUUGGUGGUGGAAUCGGAAAGGGUGGUGGCAUUGGAGGUGGGAUUAGGAAAGGUGUUGGACUCAGUGGUGGUAUUAGAGGUGGUGCUAGAGGAGUAGGUGGCGCCGGUGGUGGUAGUGGAUUUGGUGGGGGUGCAGGAGGUGGAGGUGGAUCUGGUGGUGGUAGUGGAAUUGGUGGAGUAGCGGGUGGCGAUAGUGGAAUUGGAGGACAGCACUAA